AUGUCUGUAUCACGAUCAUCGACACGGCAAGUACACACUAUUUUGGGUGGUGAAAUUCGAUAUGAAACAGUUGAACUUGUUUUAUCAGCAAUACCUAAUUUUGAAUUGAAACAAAAAGGACGUAUUCUUCAUUUGUUUGCAGAGAUUUACAAUGCCUUCGUACAAGAAAUUCAAGAAGCGCUUGAUGAACAUCAAAAUAAUCUCGAUAGUUCUCUUGGUCGUACUCAAACAAAUGCAUCAUUGGUAGAACCGUUUGCAUUUGAAUCACAAAUUGAUACUGAUACAUAUACAGUUGAUCGAUCUUCAAAAUCAACAGAUGAAUUCUUAAAACCAUCAAUAGAAUCAGAUAAUAUAUCAAAUGAAACAGCAGUUUCAUCAUUAGCUGCAUCCAAUGAACAAGAAAAUGAAAUAAAACAAUCUGAAAUGGAUCUUUCUCAUCAACAAGAAUCAAGUUGGACAUCAGUAAAAGAUUUGAUUCAUGUGAAAAGAGAAGCUAUAACACCACCGAAAACAAAACGACCUUAUUCAAAAACUUCAUCAAAGUCAAAACAAAAAAAGUUAUCUUCAAUAUCAUCUAUGCGUCAAAUGACAUUAACACAACUGUUUGAUCCCAUGGAUUCAUCUAGAUCAACCACCUCGUCAACUCCUAUGAAACAAGAACCAGAAACACCAGGCAAUGAUACAACUAUGUUUAUGCCCGAGUCACUUAUUGGCUUAGCUCAGCCAUCUGAAUCAAUGUUUGAUAAUGAAAAUGAACAAAAUAACAUAUCCGAUUUAUUGGCACCUAUGAAAGAAAAUAUAACAUUCACUGUACAAUCAUUUAAACGUAAAUGUAUUUCUUCACCAGUUAUAAAUGAUCCUAUUUCUGAACAAAUAACAACGGAUGAAGACGAAAAUAUUCAAAAUGAAGCUCUUAUUGAAUCUCCUUAUACUGGAAUUGAAAGUGCAGAAUUACUAUAUGCUUGUCCAAUGUGCCGUAAUUAUUGGCUUGGUUUACCUGAAGACCUUCGUCAUAAACAAGGUUUAAAAUGUCGUCAUCGACAGCGACCAGUGACUCAUACACCAGAACAUUUUUGGUCAUUAGGUAUUCCAAAUACACAAACCUGUAUUCAACGCGGCUAUGGUGGUGUUCUUCCACCAGACAAACCAAUUGAAAGACCCAGAAGACCAAGACGACAGUAUCAAAAAAGAUUACAAGAACAGCAACAAAACGAUGAUGAAGAAGAAUAG